CAAACUAGUCCAAGAAAGAGGAUUGACAAAUAUCUAGCUAGUUAACUGGAGUUAUUUUGCAGCUAUGGAUCCAGAAAUGGUGAAGAAGUUAGGGACCACUCUCCAUGUGCCUUCUGUUCUGGAGUUAGCAAAGCAACCCAUCACCCAAGUUCCACAAAGAUAUCUUCGUCCAAAUCAAGACCCUCCUAUUGAAUAUAACACAACACCGUUACCCCAACUCCCAGUUAUCGACCUUAACAAAUUGUGCUCUGAAGAUGCAGCUGAACUACAGAAGCUAGAUCAUGCAUGCAAAGAAUGGGGUUUCUUUCAGCUGAUCAAUCAUGGAGUGAAUCCAUCGUUGGUGGAAAGUAUGAAGAAAGAUGUUCAAGAAUUCUUCAAUCUUCCAAUGGAAGAUAAGAAGGCAUUUUGGCAAAAACAAGGAGAAUUGGAGGGAUUUGGUCAGAUGUUUGUUGUAUCAGAGGAACACAAAUUAGAAUGGGCAGAUUUGUUCUAUAUUGUCACUCUUCCAUCGUACAUAAGACAUCCCCACUUAUUUCCUAGCAUUCCCCAAUCAUUCAGAGAUAAUCUAGAGAAAUAUUCUUUAGAAUUAAAAAAACUUUGUGUUACAAUGAUUGGGUUUAUGACAAAAGCUCUUAAGAUUCAGCCCAAUGAAUUACUAGAGUUUUUUGAAGAGGGAGGCCAAGCUAUGAGGAUGAAUUAUUAUCCUCCAUGUCCUCAACCAGACCAAGUUAUUGGACUCAAUCCUCAUUCUGAUGCUGGUGCCCUUACCAUCCUUCUCCAAGCCAAUGAAAUGGAAGGGCUACAAAUAAAAAAAGAUGGAAUGUGGAUUCCUAUCAAACCCCUCUCUAAUGCUUUUGUCAUUAAUGUUGGAGACAUGUUGGAGAUAAUGACUAAUGGAAUUUAUCGGAGCAUCGAACAUAGAGCCACAGUUAACUCAGAGAAAGAGAGGAUUUCUAUUGCUGCAUUUCAUAGCCUUAGAUUAAACGCAGUUAUACAUCCAUCAAAAAGCCUCAUCACUCCUGAAAGACCUGCAAUGUUCAAUAGCAUUAGCGUAGAAGAUUUCUACAAAGGAUACUUUUCACGCGAGCUGCAAGGAAAGUCAUACAUCGAUGUCAUGAGGAUUUUAAAAUAAAAGUGCAAUUGGCUUUCGAGAGUUGAAAAGUAGGACAAGAACAUAGCAAACAGUUGUGUGACAAGUGUUACUAACUUAAUAUGCAGAAUAAUGCAGUAGUUCUCAUCGUUCAACGAUUAAAGCUGAACAUGUCACCUUGGAAAAUA